AUGUGUAGGAGCAGCACGAUGAGCAGCCCACCGCGUGGUGAAACCGAGCGAAGCGUUGGAUUUGCUAUUGGAAAUGCGAGUCUUGCGAGCUUGUACCGUAGCCACCCACAUUCUGUCGAUCAAACGUCUCAAUCUGAAGCUACUUGCGAGCCGCUGUUGGAGGAGAUCGAUGAAGACGAUGAUAAGCCACUUGAAAUGACGCCAUUUGUUCGUGAAGUAGUUUAUCCAAAUUCGCCGCGUAGCCGCCGCCGACAGAAUCAGAAUGUGAUUGAUCUUUACGAAUUGGAACGCGGUGAUGACAUCACGUCAGUUGAAUGGGUUGAAAAAUCGCGAUUCAUAAAAUACGAAGAGGAUUGCGAGGGUUAUGACAAUCACUACGGAAAGCCCCAUGUGCCAUGUAUUCCAAUGGAAUACUACAAACAACUUCAAUUGAUCGCCACCAAAGCCAUUGUCACUCCGCCGCUCAAUUGCGUCGACUUUGAAAAAUUUUUGAGUGUGAUUGAGAGCCUGCACGAUCCGGAAAUUCCUGAAAUUGGAAAGACGGUCUCGAAGAUCUUGCAAACUCGCAAAAUAACAUAUCCGGAAAACCGUGAUGUUGAGCAAAACAGACGUUCUUCGUGCCAGUCGUUCCGUCAUGUCAGAGCUGCUCCUUCCCCAAGAAGCAACAUGAUGUCAGUUCCGACCAAUCUCGGCAGCUUGGUUCACUAUCAUCCGAAGAAGCUUAGUCAAGCUUUCUCUCACAUCAAGUUUGGAUCGCUAUUGGGAGUUCAACCUGAGGAGGACGUUGAAUGGGUAUCGAAAUGCGAAUCGGCUAUUUUGGUUGUCGGUGAUGUACCCGAUCUGAAGCUGUGCAGAUUGGUUGUCAUCCGCUUUGAGAAAACUUGCUACUUCAAGGAGAUCAGCGACAACGUCAACGGCUUUCGUUCAUUGUACUUCCUACUUGGCCCGAGCGCGCCAAACAUCAAUUACGUAGAGAUCGGACGCGCUUUUGGAUCGAUUCUGUCAAACUCGGAGUUCGGAGGUUUGUUCGAGCACGUUCAUAACGCUGAAGGAGUCUCCCAAGCUAUCGACCUAUAUUUGACGGAAUCGAUCGUUCUCGCGCCUGGUAAGGUUGAAAGCAAGCAUCUUCUCUCUGGCGACUUCAUUCGCAAGGUCAUCAAUAAAAGAGCAGAUCGUCUUCAAGGAGAGCGCCGAAUGGGUGAUAAAGGCAAAGAUGUCGAAAGUGCCGCACCAGCUUCUCACACGACAGAACCUACUGAAAAAUGGGGGCUGUUCAGUGGAAUGGUUAAAGACAUCAGAAGACGAACGAAAUAUUAUUCAAGUGAUAUUACCGACACUUUCAAGGUUCAGGCACUCACUUCUACAAUCUUUAUGAUUUGCGCUUGUAUCGCUCCGUCUCUCACUUUCGGAGGACUGCUUGCUCAUUACACUCAUGGGGCUAUGGGGCUAUUCGAGACUCUGAUUUCACAAUGUGUUGGUGGUAUCAUUUGGUCGCUUCUCGCGGCUCAGCCGCUGAUUAUUCUUUCGCCGACUGGACCGUUUUUGAUUUUUGAGCAUUCUCUCUUCUUGAUCUGUGAGAGUCUUGAUUUGCGCUUCAUGGUCGUUCGCUUAUAUGCUGGAAUUGCGAUUUUCAUCCUUUGCGUUAUCACUACGGCAUUCAAUGGGGCAAGACUUCUCAAAUACGUUACGGUUUUUACUGAGGACAUCUUCUCCAUUUUGAUCUCUUUGAUUUUCUUUUCCGAAGUAUCCAAAUACGUCAAACAUGAAUGGACUACAAAUCCGGUUCAAAACUAUGAGUAUUAUUACAACCAGCACCUCACGAUUAAUUGCACAGUUGCGAACGACACCACUAUUGCCACCAACUGCGAUUUUGCACACCCGAACACUUUCCUUUUGUCGGUCAUUUUUAUUGUUGUCACUUUCGCGAUAGCAUUUUCCUUGAGACUCAUGAGUCGCUCCCGUUGGUUCGGAAGAAACUUCCGCAACAUUUGCGGUGAUUUUGGAGUCUUCUUUGCAAUUAUGAUUGUGUCUACUUUUAGAUCAUUCGUGUUUCCUGGGGUUUCCAUUGAGACUCUUGAUGUCCCACAGAAUGUUGAUUUCACGGAAAGACAUCGCCGCGGCCAUGGCUUGUUCAUCAGUCCAUAUUUUGUGAAUUGGCUAACGAUUCCAGUGGCUAUUUCAGCUGGAUUUCUUGUGUUUAUUUUAUUGUUCGUUGAAGUUGAAAUCACCGAGCAAAUGUUGAUGAGAGCUGAAAGAAAGUUGAGAAAAGGUGGCGGCUCUCACUGGGAUUUGCUUUUAAUGGGCUUCGUUAUUCUUAUCGCAUCGAUUUUUGGCCUUCCAUGGAUGUGCGCAGCUGCUGUCCAAUCAAUUGCCCAUGCUUCGUCCCUGACUAUUUUGAAGAAAAAGGCUCCAGGAGAAGCUGCUAAGCCCGUCGCGGUGAUUGAGCAACGUGGAACCAAUUUCACUAUCUCGUUCAUAAUGGGACUUUGCGCCAUGCUCGGAUAUUUCAUCCAUGUGCCGAAGGCAUCAUUGUUCGGAGUGUUCUUGUAUCUGGGAGUUAUGAAUUUGUCCGGAAACAAAUGUAUGGAGAGACUCAAAAUGUUCUUCUUGCCGGCAAAGUAUCGCGGAAAUACCAAAUUCCUUGAAAAGAUUCCCUUCAGUCGUGUUGUCUUCUUCACACUCAUCCAGCUUUUCCUUGUGUUCUGCAUCUUCAUGACUAAAAUGAAUGGAACUGCCGCGUUGUUUUUCCCGCUGGUUCUUAGUGCAUUCAUCAUCGGCCGACACUUACUCCUGCCAAUCCUUUUCACAAGCGACGAGCUGGAAUUGCUCGAUGGUGAACACCAAAGCAAGGAAGAGAAUGGAACCGAGGACAUGGCGGUUGACUGUUACUACAGUACCCGAAUCCCAGUUUAA